UACAGUACUCGAGUAAAUGUACCUAGUUACUUUGUACAAAUGGGAGUUUAUGGGUCCUUGAAAACUGAAGAAAGUCAACGAUUUUUCCUGAGGAGUGAGUACUCCUCUAUAUCAGAGACGAUCUACGGCUCGAAUACUCAAAUAGAGAGCAGGUUCACUCUGACUCAGAGGCACAGAGAGACAGAAAGAGAGGCAGAUAGAGAGACAGAGAGACAGACGGGACUUGUCUUCUUCUUUAGACUCUGAGACUGAAUGAAUGAUGAAGGAGAUGAAGGAUCAGAAGUUUACAGACGAGGUGAUGAAGAUUCUGGACGAAGCUCCGAACGCCAGAAAAGCUCUCCUGGAAAACUAUGACAACCUGCUCAGAGUGUCAGAGUACUGCUGCAGCAACUACCUACAGGCAGGUGAGGGCAGCAUGGCGGCGUUGGAGGAGACGAAGAACUUCACCACCCAGUCCCUGGCCAGCGUGGCGUACCAAAUCAGCUCGUUGGCCGGCAGCGUGCUGAGCCUGCUGGACGCUCAGACCAAUCAGCUGCGUCACAUGGAGUCUUCCAUCAACCUCAUUGGUCAGACGGUGGAGAUGCACAAAGAGAAGGUUUCCCGGCGAGAGAUCGGUGUCUUCACUGCGGUGAGACGAGUCCCCCGCAGCCACAAGAUCCUCCCGCCCCCCCAGCCCCCUGCCCGCCCCCCCUAUAGCCGCCGGCCAAUUAACUACCAGCAACUGGACAGCCAGGGCCACGGCAUGAAGGUCUCUGGGAAACAGUUGGAGCGAACAGGAACAAUCCGUAAACUCGGAGCCUCCACCAGGUCCACCAAGCCUCCAGAGCCGGUGCAGUGCCCUGUGGCGCCCCCUGUCAGCGGCUCCAGUUUUGGGAAAGCUGUAGCUCCGCCCAUCAUCCCCUGUCCGCCGCCGCCUGAGAGUGACAUCAUCAGCACGCUGCUGGAGGAGGCCCCGCCCCCUCCGUCAGAGGAGGAGAUGUCAGCUGAGGACGGUGAGGUCAGCGGCGCGGUGGCCCCGCCCCCUCCACCACCACCACCGCCACCUGACUCAUCAAGACAGCAGGUGGCUCCGCCCCCUCCUCCCCCUCCUCCUACUUCAGAGGCUCUGACUAAUCACAUCGCUCCACCGCCGGCUCCACCCCUCAGCCUGGAGACAGUGGUCGAGGAGGGCUUCCCCCCCCCCUCUCCUCCCCCCCCUCCUCCCUCUGAUAAUGACGGCUUUCCUUCACCACCCAUUGACGGCGCAGAGAUACCGGCCCCGCCCCCUCCACCGCCACCACCACAGGAAGUAGAUGGUACCUUGACUUCCCGGAGGAGUCGCCGCCGCCGCUCGCCUCCGGCCGCUCGAUCUCUCUCUCUGAGGGUCCGCUCUGGCCCCGCCUCACGCUGCUGCUACACGCGCUCCCUCUUCCUGCCUGCUGUCCAAUCAUUGAUGAUCCCGCCUCCUCCUCCCUACCCUCCCCCGCAUGCUCCCACCCCCUCCCCCGCCUCCUCCGCCUUCACGCUGCUUCCUCGCUCCUCCUCCUCCUCUCCUCGACUCUGCUUACCUGCUCGCCUCGAACACCUGGAUCUAGAGCUCCCAGCCACGCCCCCUCCGCCCCUAUUGGACGAUCAGAUCCGUUUUGAUGACCUCAUGCCGCCCCUCCCUCCCCCGGUGGACUACGACACCGAAGCCCCCCCACAUUACCUGGAGAAAGUGGAGGCGCUGUACAGCUAUGAGGCGUCCAAACCUGAUGACCUGUCACUCAGCGAGGGCGACGUCAUCUACCUGACGCAUCGCCAUGAAGACGGCUGGUGUGAGGGGUUUCUCCACGGCAACAAGGGCUUCUUCCCCGAAAACUACGUCCAAUCAUGUGGCUAGCCUGAAGCCCCGCCCCCUCUCUGCUGCCCCCACAGGACACACACGGUCACUGCACGUCCAGAUAUUAGUAAAUAAUAAUAAUAAUAAUUGUUUUAUAAGUCAGUUAGUCCCUUUGUUACAAACAUCAAAUGACUCGUUAACAAGUUAACACAUUUCUAAUUAUCAUGUGACAUUUUAUACAAAAACAGCGGAUUAUUAAAUAAUACAAUUAUCAAUAUUUGCUUUGAGAAGUUAACUGAUCAUUUUAUCGGUUAAUAGAUUUAUCCUUUUUAUCUAUAAAAUGUCAGAAAAUAGUCAAAAACCCCAGAUCAUUUUCUGAAAACUAAAUUUAAUUCAACACAAAGGUCAAAUAUAUCUGUAAUUAUCUGCUACUGUGUUUGUGAGAUUUAAAAAAUAUAUAUUUCAAUUAAAAAAGUUUAUUUUAAAACACAAACGUCAUUUAUUAAUCAGUUAUUUAAAAAAAAUCUCAAAUUUAAACUAACUGGUUUUAUGGUUGUAAAUAUUAAACUGUUUUACUUUAGUUCAAAGAAGUUUAUUUGACUGUGUGCUGCCCCCUGCAGGCUACACACACAAACUACAGGCUGAAGCUUCAAACUGAUUUCUAAUUAUUUAUAAGGGAUUCACUCAAAUCACAAGACAGAGUUAUUAAACUGAAUUAUUCAUUUGAAAGUCUUUAACUGAUCAAUAAAUAUUCUGUCAGCAUUUCUUGGUUUCAUGUUUUUAUGUUGUUAGUGUAAGUAAAUCACAUUUUAUCACAAAAUGAAUACAAAUUAAACAUGUUCAGCACAUUUAGCUGUUUCAUCAAUAAAUUACAUGC